UUUGAUUGGCUGAUAUAAUCGAUCCAAGAUUACAGAGGUGGUGUUUGGUUUGCUCGAAAAUUCACUGUGAAAACUCGACAAUAUCUCUACUCCGAAUCCAUGGCGGUCACUGCGGCAUCUCCAGCUGCUUUUCUUCGAAAACUCGAGCACAAUCCUUACCCCACCAAGUCCCGAUUUCGUCGUGACUUUCCCGCCAAAAAGCCGUUAAGAAUUCUCGCCAUGGCCUCUAAAAAGAAGGUGAACAGAUACGAUGAGAAUUGGAAGAAAGAGUGGUUCGGAGCAGGAAUAUUCGUGGAGGGAAGCGAAGAGGUGGAGGUGGACGUUUUCAAGAAUCUGGAGAAGAAGAAGGUUCUGAGUAAUGUAGAGAAAUCCGGACUCUUGUCCAAGGCUGAGGAGCUAGGGUUUACGCUUUCCUCCAUAGAGAAGCUUGGGGUUUUCUCCAAGGCGGAGGACCUGGGCUUGCUCAGCCUCCUCGAGAAGGCGGCGAGCUUCUCACCGUCGGCGUUAGCAUCGGCUGCACUGCCCAUAUUCGUAGCUGCCAUAGCAGCCAUUGUUUUGAUCCCUGAUGACUCUUCGGCUCUCAUUGCGGUUCAGGCACUGAUUGCCGGCGCUCUUGUAGUUGGAGCUACCGGAUUGGUUGUUGGGUCGAUUGUGUUGGGUGGGUUACAGGAAGCCGAGUGAUUUUUCCCAUUGUGGUUUUGGUUUUGGUUUUUUCCUUCUUGGGUAUAAAUAAAUGUUGUAAGAAAUCUGUAUUAUACAAGCAUUUGUUGUAGUUGUUUUUUUGGUUUCUGGAAAAUAUUACUUUGUUAAUUUUUCUUAGUCAA